AUGCAAGUCUGUCAACAUCAUCGUUUUGAAUGUAUUCAAGUUACAUAUCGUAAUAGUCACAAAUGUAUAACAAAUUUCAAUCGUCUAACCACAGUUGCUCAUAUCAUCGAUGCUCUACUUGAUGAUUUAGCUGAAAAACAGAAUUUUACUAUCAAUGAUUGUUGUCUCUAUGUUGAACAUCCACCUUAUUUAUAUCCAUUGAAAUCAACUGACUUCAUUCAAGAUAUUCUUUUACGUUAUGCUUCAUCGAACAUCCGAUUUAAAUUAUCCUUCAAACGCAAUUCAUCUCCAUCUCGUUUUGCUCAACGAAAGAAGCUCCUUCGAACGCCGGUACAACGACCUAUCCUGACGAAUGCAUAUGAACAGUUGAAAAUACAAGAAUCAUUGAUCCGUAAACAACAUGAAAUUAUCAGUCAAUUACGAAGUACAAAUUUAUCAAAUAAUUAUUCUUUAUCAUCAAAUUAUGCCAAUUAUUUUGACUGGGUUACACGCACGGAUGAUUGUGAUAUCGAUAGUGAUGAUAGCAGAAGUGCAUCAGAUAUGAUUCCAAUUUGUCGACGACAAUCUCGACAAGAUGAAUAUCAUCAAGCCAUCAAUCAGCAUACGACUAAUUCAACUCGCUCCUUGUCACGUGUUCGUUUUCGUACCUCGACCGUACAGAGUUCACCAUCGACAGUCACUUCCGAAGUGAAAAGUAUUCUAAAAAAGAUUUCAUCCAAUCCACGAACAACAAGUGUCGAUCGCACACAUUCCACAAGAAAACAACGAACAACUACGACGAAAUAUACAUCGGAUGACGAUGAUCUAUCCGAUCGUAGUACGACGGAUUCUUGUAUAGGUUCGUUAUCAUCGGACGAUAGUAAUAGUUACACGAUCAAUCAACAUCAUUUGGAGACACUCGUGUAA